UUAGCUUUGUCUCCACUAUUGGAAUAGCACUUUUUGGCCGUGACAGUGAUCCGUAGUUAAAAUUUCUCCCAUGAUUCACUAGCAGGGUAGUGAUGAAAGAUGCUAUGGAAAGAUGGCAGAAGCUCCACCAUGUCCCAGCAACCGGUUUUUCUGUCAUAGGUGUUCAACAGAGAUCAACCCCCGUCUCCCUGAUUACACAUGCCCUCGUUGUGACUCGGGCUUUAUUGAAGAGUUACUAGAAGAGAGAAGCUCAGAAAAUGGGUCUACAUCAAGCAGUGACCAAAACCAACAGAGGUUUGAGAAUGCGGACCACCAUUUGUUUACAUUUCCCUCGGCGUACGGACAGUUUGCACUGGGCAUUUUCGACGACACUUUCGACCUUGGGUCAGGACUGCCACCGGAAGACAAUCGGGAUGCAGAAAACCGACGGGAACGUGAGAUGGCAUCCCGGCAGCGGUAUGGUGCCAGGCAGCCUAGGGGACGCCAUGUCCCUAGAAGGCACACAGUACGGCAUGAGGGUGUGCCUACCCUAGAGGGAAUUAUCCAGCAGCUGGUGAAUGGAAUAAUUGCACCCACAGCAGUGCCAAAUAUCGGUGUGGGACCUUGGGGGGUUCUUCACUCAAACCCUAUGGAUUACGCUUGGGGUGCUAAUGGAUUAGAUGCAAUCAUAACGCAGUUACUAAAUCAGUUUGAGAACACUGGCCCACCACCAGCAGAUAGGGAAAAGAUCAAAAACCUCCCUGCUGUGGAAAUCACAGAUGAACACGUUGGCUCCGGUCUUGAGUGCCCAGUGUGCAAAGAAGACUACAGUGCUGGCGAGACUGUGAGGCAGCUCCCAUGUAAUCAUUUAUUUCAUAAUGACUGCAUAGUGCCCUGGCUGGAACAGCAUGAUACUUGCCCGGUGUGCAGGAAAAGCUUGAGUGGUCAGAACACGGCCACGGACCCGCUCGGAAUGUCAGGGAUGAACUCUCCUAUGGGCCCUCUGAACAAUGAAAGCUUUCCGAACAACGAGAGAGCGCCAGACAACUCGUAAGACCAGUCGCUGUGAGCGGCUGUCAGCGCAUUUGGCCUCCUUCUCUCACCCCGGUCUGGCCUGGGGUUACUUCAGCGAAAAGGGAUUCGACCAGUCUUGUCAGUUCGGUGCGGGUGAUGUAUACAAUCUAUAUUUCGCAGUCCCGCCUUGUCCCGACAGGCCUCUGGGGAAACCUGGCCACUUGCCACCUGGACUGCAGGAGAAGGAGUGAACGGCAGAGCUCCAGAGAUCCUGCAGGCUGUGGGUGGGUCACCCUCUGGAGGGCCUCAUUCAGCUGAAGAACAGGCGUACUCCCUGAACCACAGACAUUUUGCUCCUGCUUUGUCUUCUCGAAGAGGGAAUGACAGGGCAUAUAACGUUUUCAUGAGGGCAGGUUUAUUGUCUUUAAUACUUUGUCUGCACAACUUAAGGUGAAAAAAGGAGAAAUGUAAUGUUAUUUGCUCAUGUACUGAUCUACAUACAUAUUUUUUAAGUAGAGCCCAUAUCUGUGAAAAUGGUUUGUGAAUUGCUUGAAGCAAGGUAAAGUGAAGUGUUUUGAUGAUAGAUCGUUUUUUUAGGGUCUGUACCUGUAAAUGUGUGUAGGUGCUGUUGGGAUAACAGUAAAGGAAAUAUGUUGUUAGCCCCCCCCCCCCACCCUCACAGGAGCAGACUUUUGAAGCAAGGGGACAAUAAUCAGGUGUAAAACUUCUCAAAGCCAAGUCGAAGCAUUCAGAUAGUAAAGGAAAACGGUACAGAAGUCCAAUGUUGAAUUUUCUCCCAAAGAUGAAUUCACUAUUAGUGUUAAAUAUUGAAAAGUAUGUGAAUAAAAUAUGAAAAGCCAGUGGUAAGAGUCAGAGCUGAAAGUGUAUUAUCAGAGCCAUGGUGAAAUUCACAACACCAAGACGGAUCACAUUCUCAGCUUUCUAUUGCGGUCACUAGGCAUCCUAGUCUGGCAUUCAAAAGCAGCUUUAGUGAAACUGAUUCAGCCUUGCAUAACAAGGCUUCUCUAUAGAGUAGGUACCAUCACUAAUUCAACUGAUAUAUCAACUCCAGUGCAGAUGGAAUGCGGUACAUCUUUGAAUAUUGUGAACUGUCCACUAAAGAAAGUAACUAUUAAGAAAAUGUUUGAUAUUAAAGUUGUUGGAGAUACUGCUUUGGGUCAUGGCAAAACAUGGACAAGAAAACUGGGUAUUACUGGGUAUUUUAUAAGGCAGAAUUCAAGAAUGCUUAAAAUAUUUUUUUCUGAUUUGUUUUAAUCUGUCAGAAAUGUUUUUUAAAAACUCAACCUACCAAAAAAAAGUAGGCUGCUGUAUUGACAGAAUAUUAACACAUUUCAAGUCCACCUGACAAAGGUUUAUUAUGACAUUAUGUAUAGUUUAUGGACAUAGUUAUGUCUUUUAAAGUUGGGAAUUUGGGAAUUCUACAAAAUAUGCUAGGAAGUGUCAUGUUAAUGUAAUCAUAAGUGCUAAAAUGUCCUUUUAACUUUUACAAUACGUACCAUGAUAGAACAGUGCCACCAUAGAAACCAAACACUGAAAUGUUGAAAUGAUGUUCUGUGCCUCGGAAAUUCUGUGCCACAGAUCACUCUCUGUUAUGAAUUUUACACAGAUACUGAAGAAAACUGGCAGAUGCUUUUAAGAGACUUUGGAUUCUGACUAAUUUUAAAGAUACAUAUAGGAUUUUUGCUGUAUCAUAUGAUGACUUGUUUUGUUUUAUGAAUGAAAGGAAUGAAGGAAUUUGUAUAUUGCCCAAUGCAUUUUCAUCUUUUAUUAUUAGUUAACACAACUGCUAAUUCCUCGAUCAGUGUCGAGAAUGUCAUAGGUUGUAUGCAUACACGGUUGGUUGCGCACCAAAAAAUGUAAUACAUGAUCCUACCACUAGAAGGAGACACACACAAAGCAACAUGCAGUAAUAUUUAGGGCCAAGCAGUGUAGGUGAGUGGGCACCCAUUGUGUUUCGACCUUUUCUUUCUGACUCAAGACCCCACCAUAAGGAGUCCAGAGAGAAAUGCCCAAUUUGAUCACUCAGAGGUGCUAUAGUAAUGAAAAACGUGUUUUUGGUCUGACAAUAAUUUCAAAUUGUGCCUUUUGAGAUCUUGGGGUCAGCCCAUUUUCGUGAUCAUAUUUGAUGGCUAAGGAGCCAAACAGGAAGUUAUGUCAUAAUAUGAUAAUAACUUGAUGUAUUAUUGCCAAACUUGGUAAAAGGACUUAAGACCAUAUUUUGAUGUACUCCUAAAUAAGUUGUGCAGUUUGACCACUAGGGGAGCCACAAUGAGCAGAAAUGUGAUUUCACACAGAUGUUUCUUGGAGCAGCAAGACUCACAAAAGCAUUUGUCUGUGAAAUUAGUGGUGCAGCUGCCAAAUAGGAGGUCAUGCGACAUCUCAGUCAAUGUCCCAACUCAAUACUCUAGGUGUCAUGCCCGUACUUUGGAAGAAAUUAAGCCAAAUUUGGAGCCAGAGUCCGUACAUUAAGUGCUUUUUGGAGUCAGAGCAUGCAUAGUGAACAGAAAAUCGGCCAGAAUUAACCAUCAUGUGUUGGCCUGGUAAAAGUGGUUGUUAUGUCUGGUGAUAUCUUCGGAUAUGCCAAGGAUGGGACGUGAUUACCUAUCAUGUCAACCAAAUCGAUGUGGCCAUCAUAUUGGAUUUAAUAAAAAAAACCUAUGUUUUCAGCGGACAAAAA